GAAACGCACAGACAGGAAGUAGUGACAUCAGGUAUGUGAGAGUCUUAUUCUAUAAAUUUGUCCAAUAAGAGAGAGUCCCAUGUAGAUGAAUGACCUGAGGAGGAUGGAAAAAGUGAAAAAUCACAUGACCAAGAGGAUAUUAAACCUCACCCUGGAGAUCAUCUACCUUCUGACAGGAGAGGAUUAUACAUUAGUUAAGAAGACCUCAGGAGAAUGCAUGACCUCCAGCAGCAGUCUAUGUGUAUCAGAAGGAUGGAGCAGGACUCAGAGCCUCAUCAUGGAGCGUCCACCUCACUCACUGAUACCUGAGAGAAACAACAAGCAGAAGAUCCUAAACCUCACCAACAAGAUCAUUGAGUUGCUUACUGGAAAAGUUUCUUUAAAGUGUCAGGAUGUUAGCAUCUAUUUCUCCAUGGAGGAGUGGGAGUAUUUAGAAGAACACAUGGAUCUGUACAAGGAUGUCAUGAUGGAAGAUCAUCAGCCUCUCAUGUCACACGAUGGAUUCAGUAAGAGAAAUCCACCAGAGAAAUGUUCCAGUCCUCUGUAUUCCCAGGAUUGUCCUGAGGAAGAUCACUGUGAGCUUCAGGAUGAUCAGGAUGAAGAUCUAAUUCAUAUUAAAGUUGAAGUUACAGAAGAAGAUGAGAUUGAUGCGGAGACGGAUGAAUUUAAAGAGGAGGAAAUGAAUGUAGAUGUCAACCCAGGUUUACUGAGUGCUACAGAUUCCACAAAUGGUCAUCUGACUCCAGAUUGUAAAAGAACAGUUAAUGAUUUUACACAAGAUUUUCCAGGACAUCAUUACUUUACUCCAGAUAUAUCGUCAGUUCUUCCCAGUAGUGAUCUACUAUUUAAUCCCCCAUAUGAUGAGGAACAUUCUCUGGAUCAUUCAUUCAUGGUUACUAGUGAAGAUCACAGAGAUGGUAGAUUAUACCCUUGUUCAGAAUGUGGGAAGUACUUCAAAAAUCGAGCAAAUCUUCUUCGACAUCUAAGAAUUCACACUGGGGAGAAACCAUUUUCGUGUUCCGAUUGUGGGAAAUGCUUUACCCAGAAAAGUGGUUUUAUUCAGCAUAUGAGAAUUCACACAGGGGAGAAGCCAUUUUCAUGUUCUGAAUGUGGGAAACGAUUUAGGCUAAAGUCUACCCUAGCCCAACAUCAGAAAAUUCACAGUGGAGAAAAGCCGUUUUCAUGUUUAGAGUGUGAAAAAUGGUUUGCUAGAAAAUCUGAACUGUUUAGACACGAGAGAACGUAUCACGCGGGCAAUAAACUGUUUCUGUGCACUAAGUGUGGGGAAAGUUUUGCAAAGAAAUCAGAUUUUCUUCAACAUCAAAGCAUUCACACAGGAGAGAAGUGCUUUUCAUGUUCUGAGUGUGAAAAAUGCUUUACAAGAAGGUGUAACCUUGUGAAACAUCAGAGAGUUCACACAGGGGAGAAGCCAUUUUUAUGUUCUGAGUGUGGGAAAAGUUUCGCAAAAAAGUGUAAGCUUGAUAAGCACCUGAAAAUUCAUGCUGGGGAGAAGCCAUUUUCAUGUUCUGACUGCGGAAAAUGCUUUAUGUUGAAGUUUAACCUUGUUACGCACCAAAAAAUUCAUACUGGGGAGAAGCCUUUUCCUUGCCCUGAGUGUGGGAAAUGUUUCUCGCGGAAGGCUAACCUUGUUGAACAUCAGAGAAUUCACAUGGGGGUGAAGAGGUUUUCCUGCUCUGCGUGUGGAAAACGGUUUUCACACAAAACAGCUGUUGUCCAACAUGAGAGAAGUCACAUAGGAGAAAAACCAUUUUCUUGCUCUGAGUGUGGAAAGUGUUUUACACGGAAAGCUAGUCUAGUUGAACAUCAGAGCAUUCACACAGGGGAGAAACCAUUUUCAUGCUCAAUGUGUGGAAAACGAUUUUCACACAAAUCGGUCCUAGUCCAACAUGAGAGAUCUCACAUGGGGGAGAAGCCAUUUUCAUGUUCUCAGUGUGGAAAGUGUUACACACGGAAGGCUUACCUUGUUGAUCAUCAGAAAGUUUGCAACUUUGAAAAGCCAUCUGUGUCUGUGUAAAAAGUAAUCUCCUCUAUGUAGAACAUUUCCACCAUAACUUAUAUUUCAGAGAACUCUUCUCAGCGAAAGGGAUGUUAUUGAUGAACUUCAAGAAAUCCUUACAUUAGUCUUGUUGAACAUCAUGGAUGUCACAUCACAGAGGGAGAGAGGAACAGCUUUAAAGGGGUUAUCCAGGAAUAGAUAUAAGAUGAUAUAGCCUCAGGAUAGGUCAUUAGUGACAGAUCUGCAGAGGUCUGUCAACUGGGACCACCGCCAAUCAACUGUUAGAAGAGGCUGGUGUGCUGUAUGAGUGAGUAGUGAUGAGCGUGAGGUGCCAUAUUCGAUUUCGCGAUAUUUCGCGAAUAUUUGAUUGAUUAUUCGUCGAAAUCGAAUAUUCGUCAUUAUGUUAUUUAUCGCAAAUAAUACGCAAUUUUAUUAAUCGCAUAUAGCCAUAUUGCUAUAUAUUCUCGUUUUAGAAUGACGAAUAUUCUAAAAAACUAAGUUAUAGCAAUAUAGCGAAUAUUCGUAAAA